CUCAGGAAUCAAUGUAGCGGCCCCUACUCAAUCAGUAGGAGACAGAAGCGGCUGAGGGAUUAUGCGGAGAGUUCCCGGCACCCCCCGCGGCGGGCCCUGACUGAUUGACUCCCCUUCUCUCUCUUCAUCUCACAGGGGUGCGCGCACAGACUCACGGGAGCACCAGCCGCACAUAUGCUGGACAUGGCGGCCGACCCGGCCUACCCACCUUUUAUACUCGGGAAGUCCCGCUUCGAACAGAGCAACUUCUAUGGGCGAUUCCGACACUUCCUGGACAUCAUUGAUCCCCGCACCCUGUUUGUAACUGAGAGUCGCCUGAAGGAGGCCAUCCAGUUACUAGAGGAUUACAAGCAUGGCACCCUGCCACCUGGAAUCACUGAUAACGAGCUUUGGGGAGCCCAGAAAAUUAAGCAGGCAAUUAUCCAUCCAGAUACCAACGAAAAGAUUUUUAUGCCUUUCAGAAUGUCAGGUUAUGUUCCCUUUGGGACCCCAAUAGUUGUGGGUCUCCUGCUGCCAAAUCAGACACUGGCUUCAACUGUCUUCUGGCAGUGGCUGAAUCAGAGUCACAAUGCAGGUGUCAACUAUGCAAACCGCAAUGCUAGCAAGCCUUCUCCAACAUCCAAGUUCAUCCUGGGAUACACAGGGGCAGUAAUCAGCGCAGUCUCCAUUGCAGUCGGCCUUAAUAUUCUGGUACAGAGAGCUUACAAGUUUACUCCUUCCACUCGUCUCCUGAUCCAGCGCUUUGUACCAUUCCCAGCUGUAGCCAGUGCCAACGUCUGCAACGUGGUCCUGAUGAGACACGGUGAGUUGGAGGAGGGGAUUGAUGUUCUGGACAGCAAUGGGCACAUCGUCGGAUCUUCGAGGAUCGCCGCCAAACAUGCCCUGCUGGAAACGGCUCUUACUAGAGUGGUGCUGCCCAUGCCCAUACUGGUUCUACCUCCCAUCAUUAUGUCUGUACUUGAAAAGACGUCUCUGCUGCGCUCAUACCCAAGACUGCUCCUCCCCGUGCAUAGCCUCGUGUGCCUUGCUGCCUUUGGACUGGCUCUUCCUUUAGCCAUCAGUCUCUUCCCCCAGAUGUCAGAGAUUGAGACCUCCAGACUGGAGCCAGAAAUAGCGGCCAGAACCACCUCUAGAACCGUGAUCUACAACAAAGGACUGUAA